CGCAGGUCUCUGAUGAUGGCGUUUCGAAAAAAGUGUUUAUUUAAUAAAGUGCGGUCGGUCGUCGGUUGAUUUUUAAAGCAAAUCUAGAGAAAAAAUAUGAAAAAUAGUUAAAAAAAUAAAACUGGAGUUAAAAAAAGUUAAAAAAAACAAAACUUAAAUAUGUAAUUAAUACGAAAAAAAACCUUUAGAAGUUCAGUGAAAAAAACAAAUAAUUGAUUAUAACAACAACAAAAAUUUUUACUAGCAUUAGUAGCAAUAACAAAAACAGCAACAAAACAACAUUACAUUCGCUUCAAAAAUGUCAACCGAAGAGUUGAAAGUGGUUUUACGUCGCAGUAGCGAAUAUUCCGGUUUUGGUUUUUCUCUGUUGGGCACUACGGGUCCCCCACAUGUUAUCUAUGAUAUUGUGGAAAAUUCACCGGCUGCUGAUUGUGGUGUGGUGGAAGCUGGCGAUGUGAUUUUAAAAGUUAAUGGAACCGAUGUACAUCGAUACACAACGAAAGAGGUAUUAAAAUGUUUGCGUUUAUCGGAGGAUUUAGUAACAUUGGAACUGAAAAGAGAUCCAAAAUUAAAAGCACGCAUUAAAGAACAAUUAGCAAAUACAAAAAGCCCACAUUAUAUAGAUAUAGAAACAACAAAUAAUUACGAUUAUCAUCAUUCAAGAACAUCAUCACCUCAUCAUCAUCACCAACAACAACAUCACGAAGCUGCCAAUAAAUUGCAUUACGAUACGACGCACAAUUAUACGACGAUACAACAGCAACAACAACAAUCACCAACUUCUAGUUCACCCGCCGCCACACGUUAUAAAUCAACAAUAUCUGCAACAGCAACAAACUUGCCACAACGUCAAUCCAGCAAUACGACAAGUAAUCAUAGUCGUAGUUCAUCAGUCUCUUCAGCUAAAAUACAAUUGGUAGAGGGUUUGGCGGGUGGUGGGGGAGGAGGAGGAGGAGGUAGUGGAGCCGGUACUGGAACAUCAACAACAGCCACCUCUCCCACAAGUCGUCCUUCACGCAUACCUCAGGCUUUAAAAUGUCCCACACAAAAAACUCAACAAUCACCGCAACAUAAACGACCAAGACCCUCACAAAUACCCACUAAAGCCUCACUAGCGGCAGCGGCUGCAGCAGCAGCUGCCACUACAACAACAGCAACUACCAACACCACUAAUGGUACUAGUUUUAUGGUGGGUUCCAAUAACUUGCAACAUUCAUUCUCCUACAGCGGCAAUACAACGAGACAAGGCAAAUCCUCUUCCUCCUCCUCUUAUGCCGCGGAGGAGAGAGAUCCUGAGCCCAACUCAGCACCACCACAGCCAGCAAAGGCACCACGUUUCGAGGCUUAUAUGAUGACGGGUGAUUUGAUUUUAAAUCUAUCGCGAACACCACAAAAUAGCAAUCUUUUACCAGUGCAAGCUAAAAAAGUCGAUUCACUAAGGGACUCACCCAAUAGAGCGGCAGUAGCAAGGGCUAAUGGUGCCUUAGCGCCAAAAGCUUCGGGAGAAUCCUCACCCACUUCCUCCUCAUCGCAAGAAUCACCCACACACAGCACCGACUCGGCGGAAUUACAAAAUAAGGCUAAAUCACGUUUACGUAAACAACAACAAGCGCAGGCGCAAAAGGAACGAGAACAGGAACAGCAGCAACAGCAGCAACAAUAUCAACGUGAUAGUAUUAAUAAUAGCUACAAUAAUCGCAAGGAUUCUCUUACCAAUGACACGCUUCUACUGUGUGAAGAACUGGAAAAGGAUGAGGAGGAUAUGGGUGACGAAGACUACGAUGAGGAGGGGGAUGUACACCGCAAUCUUCCUCCUCAGCAACAAACACACCAUAAGACUAAACAUCACCAUUAUAUGCAAAAGCACAAGCAACAAUGUUAUCAACAGCAAACUCGCCAGCAGCAACAACAAAACAAAUCCUAUGAAUACUAUCAAAAUGAAGACGAAGAGCCGGAUGAAGACUAUGAACGCUAUGCGGCAGAGGAUGAGGAAAACGAAGAGGAUCAAACUAAUUAUGACAUUACUAAUUUGGAAACAUAUAAUAGUGGUGGUUUGGGCGCUGGUGGCCAGGCCGACGAUGAGGCUAGCGAUCGUCAGUGUUUAAUGCAAUAUGGCGAUGAUGACGAUGAAGAACAGCACGAGGAUGAGGAGUAUUCUAAUUCAGUAGCUUCUGCCUCGGCUAAACAACGUUUAAAAGCUUUAAAGAAACAAAAGGCUGCCUUAAGAUACAAACAGCAGCGCAACUCACAAGACAAUGUCGACUGUGCGCGCCAUCAACGUUCAUCUGCUUCUUCGACCUCAUCCACAACCGUGGGCAAUACCGGUGCCGGGGCAGGCAAUAAUACAUCACAAGAUGAAACCUCAUUUUCUGUACCCACUUCACCCAUUUCGCUUUCUACACCUCUAAUUGAUAAGGAGACCGCCAAUUCAGUGCCCACCAGUCCGGAACCCUCGAAUUUGGCGGGCGGCAGUGGUGUAGUAUGUGGAGCUGAUAGUUCGGGUGUGGUGCGUCGUCAUAAUGGUCAGAUAGUGCGCAAAUGUGAUUCGGCCGGUUUUCGCACCAGCAAAUCGGAAGAUCAUUUACAGCAGAUACAACGUGAAGGUAUGGGUGCUGUUAUACCAAUUGAUAUUGAUGAGGAUGUAAAUAGUUCUUUGAAUACACUAUUAGAUACCAGACAAGAUUCGGAAGAUUCUCAGGCUUCGGAUCGUGAUCGUAUUGUAUGGACUUAUAAUGCUCCCCUACAACCACAUCAAUUGGCAGCUUUACAGCAACAACAACAACAGCAGCAGCAACAACAAC